AUGUCUAUUUCGUCCGAGAGAACGAACCUGUCAGUAGUAGACACCGAAAAUGAAGUCUAUUCCCUGGUAUCCGAAACCACGCCAUUUUUAGAACAUCGUCAUCUGCAAUAUUCGAUAAUAGGAGAUGGUGACUUGGAACCGGAAAUGAUAGAAGACCUUCAAUCCAAAUACGAUGAGUACUACCAAGUUCAACAACAGAAGCUCGUGAAGCGACGGUUCUGGUGGUUCUGCUGUUUGGGUCUCGCCGCCAUCAUAAUAAUGCAUCUUUCUUUCUUACCUCGAACGUCACUCAGCCGAGACUUUCGCAGAUGGUAUGGCCUCCAUUUGACCAAAUCUGACAUCAAACGCAACUUUCUUCUUUACAGCGACACAGAAAACACCAGCUUCACCAAUAGGGAAUCCAUAGACAUGUGGUUGGGAAACCUCACGAAAAUCAGCGAGGCCAAAAGCCAUUCGUUGACAUCUACAGAUAAUCCAGACCUAGAACGGUAUGUGUCUAACGUCUUUAAACUGCUUGGAUACCAUCCUCAUACCUACUCCUACAACGUACCGCAACUCCGCUGCCCGCAAUCCCUGACACUUUCGUUGAUAGCUGACGAUGGUGCGGUCAUCUACGAUGCUCGCUUGAGCGAGAAGGGCUUCUCAACACCCGCAUACCUCAGUUUCGGCUCCAAUGGAGCGGUUACGGCCCCAUUUGUCUACGUCGAAGAAGGGACCCAUCUGAGCUACACUAAGGAUGUUAACGGCUGUAUAGUGAUAGCCAAGUCAAAUCUGUCUUCGGUACUCUCCGCAGCCGAAAAGCUACAAAUUGCCCAGCACAAAGGCGCUGUAGGGUUCAUCAUCUACCAUGAAGAUUUGAACAAUUCGGCGGCAAUUUCAAGAGAUAGUGGGUCUUUGAUACCGUUCUGGAAUAAUGCCAACUCUCGUCCAUCUAUCCCGGCCAUUCCCGUUAGCUAUGCCUCCAUUCAACCGAUACUCGAAGCGUCCAAAGCAACAGACGAGCGCUUAAUGCUCCAUUUGAGCAGCAAUUUUCUCGACCAGAAACCGAGAAGAAUUUCCAACGUCGUUGGAUCUGUCAAGGGAAUUCUUAACGACGGGGAGAUUAUCAUUGGCGCGGGUAGAGACUCGCUAACUUCUGCCAAUGUCUUGAGCAAUCAUGCUGUUUUGUUUGAGAUUAUGAAGCAUUUCCGUCAGCUUUUAAAACUCGGCUGGAAGCCCUUACGGACCAUAAAGUUCGUGUCUUGGGAUGGAUCCAGAAGUGGUUUGGUAGGCAGUCAACUUUUUGGCGAUGAUCCGAAAGCUCUUGAUAAUAAGCACCCAGUCUUGUGCUACAUCAACCUUGACCUUGACAUUGUGAGAGGCACUAAUUUCAGAAUAGAAUCAACUCCUGUGUUUGAUCACUUGAUUAAAAAGACGGCCAAAUAUAUCCCAUUUCCAAACGAAAAGGGGUCCAGGUCGACUCUUUUUCGUUACUGGAACAAACAAGACAAAAAUGUCAUCCAUAACAUUAUAUCAGACAAUCCUGACCGGUCCGAUGCAUUUGUCUUUCAAAACCACUUGAGCGCACCUGUAAUCAAUGUCAGGUUUGAUAAUGAAACAGGAUACUGUCACAAUUCCAAUAUGUUCUCUCUAAAACAUGUUAAAGACGUCGAUGAGAACUUGAAUUUACAUUCUCUGUUAGCACGGUUUGUUGGUCUUUUCACCAUUUCCUUGAGCGAGAGAGAGAUUCUUCAUAGUAAAACCGAACCAUACUUUGAAAGUAUUUCAAGGUCCUUUGACAAUUACAAAGAGAAGUACCAGAACCAGUUAUCAGCAUGGAGCAACAAAUUGGUUCCUUCAAAGCUCCUUGAAAAGUCGACCAUAUAUAACAACGUGAAGAACGAUGUGGAUAUUAAUAGUGUGCGAUUCGGGGACUUGAUAGCUGAAUUCCAGUCCCUUCUACAAUCAGCGGUGGAGAUCUCCAGCCAUUUCGAUACCUAUUCCAAGGAAGUUCAAGAUGGUCUUAUUGAGGAUUAUCCCUGGUAUAAGGCUCUUGUCAAGUUGAAACGUUAUGCUCAAUACAAGGUUGUGAACCAUAAGUUGAUACAUUUAGAGAAUGAGUUGUCGUUAAAACCAAGGCAUUAUGAGUACAUCUUUAGCUCACCAGCGAAAGAAACAUGGUUCCACCAUUUGAUAUAUGGAGAGGUACCUUUUUCCACUGAACAAAAUUCGACUUAUUUUGAAACCAACAGUCGACAAGUACUUCUAUGGAGACUAUAUGAUGCGGCAGAACGCAGCAACUACACAGAUACUAUAAAAUGGGUUGUUGUCUUGCACGAUGCAAUCUAUAGUAUUCGUUAUAAACUAUCUUAA